AUGGCUUCUUCAAAGGUCUCCGAUGCGCUGAAGCAGAUCUCCAAUUCAUCAGACAAGCCGCAAGGCUUUGAGUCUCUCAUUUCCCAAGUACAUCUAGCCUCGUCGCCAACGCAGUUGGCUGGCGAUUUAACUGCGAUCCUCGACUCCAUAUUUGCAAACUCCCUUGGAAUAGUAGCCACACGUUCGCUCUGCGGACUAUUUGUGCAAAAGCUCAAGACAGUCACUAGUAACGAUUCGAAGAUUGCAGUCGGCGAACAUGCUCUUGAGGUCUUCUCAGCCCAGGCAUCCUCUUUCGAAGAACAGAAUGCUCAGGUACGGGAGCUUAUGGCGACAGCAUACGAGGAGGACGAAGACAAUCUUUCUGCUGCGAAAGUUCUAGCGGGGAUACCUCUGGAGUCGUCACAGCGCAAGGUCUCGAACGAAGAUAAAGUUAGAUUCUGGAUCCGAAUUACACGAAAUUACCUAGAAGUCGACGAUACCACCCUCGCAGAACAGUAUCUAAAUAAAGCGAAGAAUCUGAUCUAUACCGUGUCAGAUCGCGAUCUCAACUUACAUUUCAAGCUUUCUCAAGCACGAAUCCAGGAUGCGAGACGAAACUUCCUAGCCGCGGCGCAGGGUUACCAGGACAUCAGUCUGCUGCCGAUUAUUGGCGAGGAAGAACGCUUACAUACUCUAAGCAUGGCUAUCAAGUGUUCUGUUUUGGCGCCGGCUGGGCCUCUUCGAAGUCGUGCACUAGGUCGCUUGUACAAAGAUGAGCGAGCGGCAACACUGGAGGAAUUCCCUAUACUUGAAAAGAUGUUCUUGGAUCGACUUCUGUCGCCUGAAGAGGUGGCCAAGUUCGCUGAGGGGUUGGCUACACAUCAGCUGGCCAGGACAUCGGAUGGUAGUACAGUGCUGGCAAAGGCUGUAGUAGAGCACAACCUGAGGGGUGCCUCAAGAUUAUACAACAAUAUUGGUUUCGAUGCCCUAGGAUUAUUGCUAGGUCUCGAUGGCGAUAAGGCAGAAGAGACAACAGCUAGGAUGAUUGAGCAAGGUCGUUUAGUUGGCAGAAUCGAUCAGGUGGAGAGAAUCAUCUGGUUCGAGGGUGGUGAGGCUACUGGCGAGAAGGGAAGUGGUCGUGCUGAGGGUGUAGUUGGCAAGGAAUUACGGAGAUGGGAUUCUAACGUCCAAGGACUGGCUGAAGAAGUCGAAAAGGUUACAUCGGAAUUACAGCUGCGAUACCCAGAUUUCGUCGCCAAGACUUUAGUAGUAUAA